GAUGCGAAAACCCCUGUUAUCUGAAUUUUGACAAGCAGGCGAAAAGUCGGGCGAAAUGACGUGUUCGACUUGCCAUCGCAAGUUUACGUGGUUUUGAUAGUCGCGAAAGGCACACGACGGGAAAAAGGCAAUUUUUAAACAUGUUUUAAGUGUGAAACAAGUGAUUCUUUCCGAACUAAAAUUGUUCUAAAUAGUCUAAAAGUGUCGUAAGUUGUCGUUGUUUGAAAGAACAGACACGAUGACAACGUACGAGGAAUUUAUUCAACAAAACGAAGACCGCGAUGGUAUCCGCUUUACGUGGAACGUAUGGCCUUCGAGCCGUAUUGAUUCCACGCGUCUAGUUGUACCGCUCGGGUGUCUGUACCAGCCGUUGAAAGAACGGCCGGAUCUGCCACCGAUUCUAUACGAUCCGGUCGUCUGUACCCGCGCGACCUGCCGUGCAAUACUGAACCCACUCUGCCAGGUGGAUUAUCGGGCGAAGCUAUGGGUGUGCAACUUUUGCUUCCAGCGCAACCCGUUCCCGCCACAAUAUGCGGCCAUUUCGGAGCAGCAUCAACCGGCCGAAUUAAUCGCGGGCUUCAGCACGAUCGAGUACACGAUCACGCGUGCACCGUGCAUGCCGCCGGUGUUCCUGUUCGUCGUUGAUACCUGCAUGGAUGAAGAGGAGUUGACGGCACUGAAAGAUUCGCUGCAAAUGUCCCUCAGUUUGCUACCCGCAAAUGCUCUCGUCGGUUUGAUCACCUUCGGCAAGAUGGUGCAAGUGCACGAACUCGGCACAGAGGGUUGCUCGAAAAGUUACGUGUUCCGCGGCACGAAGGAUCUGAAUGCGAAGCAAAUCCAGGAUAUGCUGGGAAUCGGUCGCGUUCCCGGUCCUCAGCAACCGGGUCAGCAGCACCAGCAGCAAGGGAUGCGAGGUGCAGCAGCACCGGUUCCGCCGGCCAACAGAUUCCUUCAACCACUGCACAAGUGUGACAUGGCACUGACCGAUCUGCUCGGUGAACUGCAGCGUGAUCCAUGGCCGGUACCGCAAGGCAAACGGUACCUCCGUUCGACCGGAGCUGCACUCUCGAUUGCAGUCGGUCUGUUGGAGUGUACCUACCCGAACACGGGCGGUCGUAUUAUGCUUUUCGUCGGUGGACCAUGCUCCCAGGGUCCGGGUCAGGUGGUGGACGAUGAGCUAAAGCACCCGAUCCGUUCGCAUCACGAUAUCCAGAAGGACAAUGCGAAAUUUAUGAAGAAAGCAAUCAAACACUACGAAGCACUAGCAUUGCGUACGGCCACAAAUGGCCACUGCAUUGACAUUUAUUCCUGUGCACUCGAUCAGACGGGUUUGAUGGAGAUGAAGCAAUGUUGUAACUCGACCGGCGGUCACAUGGUGAUGGGCGACUCGUUCAAUUCGUCGCUGUUCAAGCAAACUUACCAGCGAGUUUUCUCUGCCGAUCAGAAAGCGGAACUCAAGAUGGCGUUCAACGGUACGCUAGAGAUCAAGUGUUCGCGCGAGCUUAAAAUCGAAGGUGGCAUUGGUUCGUGUGUGUCGCUGAACGUGAAGAAUGCGUCCGUCUCGGACACCGAAAUCGGCAUGGGUAACACGGUACAGUGGAAGCUGUGCACUAUGACACCCAACACGACGAUGGCCUUUUUCUUCGAGGUGGCCAACCAACAUGCGGCUCCGAUACCACAAGGUGGUCGGGGUUGUUUACAGUUCAUUACACAGUAUCAACAUUCCAGCGGGCAGCGACGAAUCCGUGUCACGACCGUCGCCCGUAGCUGGGCUGACGCAACGGCAAAUCUGCACAUGAUUAGUGCUGGAUUCGAUCAGGAAGCGGCCGCUGUUCUAAUGUCCCGGAUGGUGGUGUAUCGGGCGGAAUCGGACGAUGGUCCCGAUACGCUUCGUUGGAUCGAUCGUCAGCUGAUCCGGUUGUGUCAGAAGUUCGGUGAAUACGGCAAAGAUGAUCCGAACAGCUUUAGGCUGGCAGAGAACUUCUCGCUUUUCCCGCAGUUCAUGUACCAUCUGCGUCGUUCGCAGUUCCUGCAGGUGUUCAACAACAGCCCGGACGAAACGACCUUCUAUCGGCAUAUGCUGAUGCGCGAAGAUCUCACCCAAUCGUUGAUCAUGAUCCAACCGAUUCUUUACUCGUACUCGUUCAAUGGACCGCCGGAACCGGUGCUGCUUGAUACGUCCUCCAUCCAACCGGAUCGGAUAUUGCUGAUGGAUACGUUCUUCCAGAUACUUAUCUUCCACGGUGAGACGAUCGCACAGUGGCGCAAAGAUAAGUACCAGGACAUGCCGGAGUACGAAAAUUUCAAGCAGCUGCUGCAGGCGCCCGUUGACGAUGCGCAAGAGAUUUUGCAAACCCGCUUCCCAAUGCCGCGGUACAUCGAUACGGAACAGGGUGGAUCGCAAGCUCGGUUCCUCCUGUCGAAGGUCAAUCCUUCCCAAACCCACAACAAUAUGUACGCGUACGGUCAGAUGGCAGUAUCGAGUGGGGACGGUGGUGCCCCCGUGCUUACAGACGACGUUUCGCUACAAGUGUUCAUGGAGCAUCUGAAGAAACUGGCUGUCUCGUCCACAACCUAAAUGCAAUACGGAACGCGACAUCAAUUUUCAAUCCGUUUCAAUUAAGUGUUGUUAGCUUGGCCUGUUGGACAAAUGAAGGGUAGGAUAAAAAGAUCGAGCAGAGGGUAUGUGGGAGAUUCCUUCUCGCCACAAUCUAUAACAGUAUAUAUUACUCCAUUUGUGACACCGAAGGUUUAUUUUUGGACAGUAUGUCGUCAGUUUAAUUUGUAACAUGUUUUUUGGGCAAAACCCUAGUAUAAAUGUAGUCAAAAGUGUUUUUUAUGAAUUUGUGAAGUCAAUGCUCGAUUCAAUUUAGAUGGUUCAUAGGGAUUGAAGUAUAUAAAGUUUAUCAAUUUGAUAGAUAAGUUAACACUCUCAUCAUAAAGAAAUAAAGAUCAUCCCUUACUGUACUCGCGUCAGUACUCAUCUGGGAAAACUCAAAUAUAUU